GCCCAAGCCAGGGGAGAUCUACCAGCCUCAUCAAGGUUGGUCGAUAAGAGCAUGCAAGACUGAUAGAAGGGCUACAGCCAUGUCGACUGGUCCAGUAGCCCAAGGGAGGUCUUGUCCUCAAUCCGGCUUGCCUGGUGCUGAGGAGGCUAGCUUGUCUGCCUCCUCGCACUGGGGAUCCCAUAGGCUACACCCUGUAGUGACUCCAUCGGCAAUAGGAGAUGCUUACUUCGACAAAGACCGACAAAUAGCCCUGACUCGACUGUGGGAGUGGAUGUCGGAGAGGUUCUCAGAGAUUAUGCGGAAGCAUACAAGGCCGGGACGGAGGGACGUCAUUGACUCACUGACUGUGGACGACACCGCGCACUUGUUGGGAUGUAGUAAUAAGAUUAAGACUAUCGUGGGCACUGCUGGGGCUUCCUCGGCUGAUAGGACAUACGUAUUUCAACAACUUGGAGAUGCCUUGAGCACUAAAGAGGUCACGCCUUACCAAGUCUUGCUCAAUCGAUCGGACCUUCAGAGCAUCGAGGUUGCCAUCAAGAGGAUCCUCAGUCGUCUACUAUCUAGUGACAGCUCACCGGUUCCAUCCAGUGGUAGCCAAGGGACGCUAGGGACCGCGGCAUACGCUGCUGGAGCUACCGCCACGCCUAUCAAGCCAGCUGCAUCCCACGCCAGGACUCCUAAUACUACUGUUCGACGAGAGAACAAUGUUGAUUAUAGCGACGACUCGGACGAUGAUGACGGGUCGAGGCCAGCUCGGUACACUGGGAAGGGCCAAGGAGGCGGUGUACCCCUGACGAUGACAGUGAGCGAGGCUGUGCUGGGCCUGCUAUCGAAAGGCUUCAACGACCUCAGUGU